CAAUCCAUUACUCAUCAAGCUCUCAUCUUUGAGCUCGAGCUAGCCUAAGCCUAACAACAAUGGCGGCGACUCUAGCAGAAACCCGCCGCAGCACGCUGCGUUUCAGCAGGAGAUCCGACUGCUACGAGCCCCUGGAUCAAGUCCAAAGGGAAGAAGAGCAGGAAGAAGAAGACGAAGGCCGGAGAAGCUGGGGAACUGUUUCCAAGAAACAGAUGAUGAGGAGCCGUGGCAGCAGCAGGGGAGCUCUGGGGUGGAGCUCCCUGAGCUACAGGCGGGAGAGGGCGAGGCGGCGACUGGUUUUCCUGCAGAGCUACAAGCUGCAGCAGGAGCCCAGGACGAGGUCGGAGAAGUUGAGGAAAGUGGUCGCGGGAGCGGUGAAGUCGGCUUUGGUCUCCAUUGCUAGUUUUAGGAGGAUGGGGAGCUGUGGUUCUAAGUCUUCUGCUUCUGCUCAAGUUAUUAGGUGUUGCUGAAGGAUUUCAGUUUAUGUUGCUUGGGACACUGAUUUCAAGUUAUUUGUAUUUUCAUCUAGAGAUCAAAAUAUUGUUAGAAUGCAAUUCUUAUAGAGGAGAGUCCAAAAAAGAAAGUCUAGUUUCAAUU